UUAGCCACCACAUAUAAAGGGCAAAAAAAAGAAGAAAAUCAUUCUCUCUUCUUUCUUUUAGUUUGAAUUUCUCUCUUCUGUUGCUGUGCGCUUCAAUACUUCCUGUGUAGUGUGAUGGCUCUCUCAAACUCUAGUCGGCAGAGAGUAUUUACCUUUGGCAAGGGGAAAACCGAAGGGAACAAAAGCAUGAAAGCUUUGUUGGGUGGCAAAGGAGCGAAUUUGGCUGAGAUGGCGAGCAUCGGAUUGUCUGUUCCUCCAGGCCUGACCAUAUCGACUGAAGCCUGCAAGGAGUAUCAGGAGAACGGUCGUGAGCUUCCGGCGGGGCUUUGGGAGGAGAUAAUAGAGGGAUUGGAAUUUGUUGAGAAGCAGAUUGGCGGAUCUUUAGGAGAUCCUUCUAAGCCUCUUCUGUUCUCUGUUCGAUCUGGGGCUGAAAUAUCAAUGCCUGGGAUGAUGGAUACAGUAUUGAACUUAGGAUUAAAUGAUGAAGUGGUGGUUGGAUUGGCUUCGAAAAGUGGCGAGCGAUUUGCUUAUGACUCUUAUCGCCGAUUCCUUGACAUGUUUGGAGAUGUGGUGAUGGGCAUUCCGCAUUCACGAUUUGAAGAGAAGCUUGAAGCGCUGAAGGCGUCGAAAGGAGUGAGCCAGGACACAGAGCUCUCUGCUUCCGAUCUCAAGGAUUUGGUUUCUGAAUACAAAAAAGUUUAUGUCGAGAUCAAGGGGGAGCAAUUCCCUGCAGAUCCAAAGAAGCAGUUGCAUUUUGCGGUUUUAGCGGUGUUUGAUUCAUGGGACAGCCCAAGAGCUGUCAAAUAUCGGAGCAUCAACAAUAUCAAAGGAUUGAAAGGAACUGCCGUCAAUAUCCAAUGCAUGGUUUUUGGAAAUAUGGGCGACACUUCUGGUACUGGUGUGCUUUUCACAAGGAAUCCAAGCACAGGGGAGAAUAAGCUUUACGGAGAGUUUCUCAUCAAUGCUCAGGGAGAGGAUGUAGUUGCAGGAAUUAGGACACCAGAGGAUUUGGACACCAUGAAACUCCGAAUGCCAGAAGCCUACAAUGAACUUGUAGAGAAUUGUAGCAUUCUAGAGAGGCAUUAUAAAGAUAUGAUGGACAUUGAAUUCACUGUUCAAGAAAAUAGGCUGUGGAUGUUGCAGUGUCGAAUUGGGAAGCGUACUGGCAAAGGCGCUGUGAAAAUUGCUGUGGAUAUGGUUAAGGAAGGCCUUGUUGAUAUUAACUCUGCUAUCAAGAUGGUGGAACCAGGCCAUCUAGAUCAACUUCUCCAUCCACAGUUUGAAAAUCCAUCAGCAUACAAGGACCAAGUCAUUGCUACUGGCUUGCCUGCAUCACCUGGUGCUGCAGUUGGUCAAGUUGUAUUUACUGCUGAAGAUGCUGAGACAUGGCAUGCACAGGGGAAGAGUGCCAUUCUGGUACGGACAGAAACCAGUCCAGAGGAUGUUGGGGGCAUGCAUGCAGCUGCUGGAAUUCUGACUGCCAGAGGUGGCAUGACUUCUCAUGCGGCUGUUGUGGCUCGCGGGUGGGGGAAAUGUUGUAUAUCCGGCUGCUCUGAUAUUCGUAUCAGUGAAUCACAGAAGAUUAUUGCUGUUGGAGACAAGGUGAUACACGAAGGUGACUGGCUUUCUCUAAACGGAUCAACUGGAGAGGUAGUGUUGGGAAAGCAACCAUUAGCUCCACCAGCUCUCAGUGGAGAUUUAGGAACAUUCAUGUCUUGGGUUGAUGAGAAGAGGAAACUUAAGGUUAUGGCAAAUGCUGAUACACCUGAAGAUGCACAGACAGCUCGAAACAAUGGUGCCGAAGGAAUUGGACUCUGUAGAACGGAGCAUAUGUUUUUUGCUUCUGAUGAAAGAAUAAGGGCUGUAAGGCAGAUGAUAAUGGCGGUGACACCCCAACUGAGGCAAAAAGCAUUGGACCUGCUUUUGCCUUAUCAAAGAUCUGAUUUUGAAGGCAUUUUCCGAGCUAUGGACGGACUUCCAGUGACAAUUCGUCUGUUGGAUCCUCCACUCCAUGAGUUCCUGCCAGAAGGUAACAUUGAAGACAUUGUAAAUGAAUUGACAUUGCAAACUGGCAUGACCGAAGAUGAGAUUAUCUCCAGAGUUGAAAAGCUUUCGGAAGUGAAUCCCAUGCUUGGAUUUCGUGGAUGCAGGCUUGGGAUAUCUUAUCCAGAAUUGACUGAAAUGCAAGCACAAGCAAUCUUUGAAGCUGCCAUCUCUAUGAGCAGUCAAGGUGUCAAAGUUUUUCCAGAAAUAAUGGUUCCUCUUGUUGGAACACCUCAGGAAUUAGGUCACCAAGUGAAUCUCGUACACAAUAUAGCUGAAAAGGUCUUCAACACAUUGAAUGCUAAAGUAAGCUACAAGGUGGGAACGAUGAUUGAAAUCCCUAGGGCUGCCCUAGUAGCAGAUGAGAUUGCAGAGCAUGCAGAGUUCUUCUCUUUUGGAACAAAUGACCUAACACAAAUGACUUUCGGGUAUAGCAGAGAUGAUGUUGGGAAAUUUCUACCAAUUUACCUAUCUAAGGGCAUCCUUCAAAAUGAUCCAUUCGAGGUUCUUGACCAGAAAGGGGUUGGGCAGCUUGUGAGGAUUGCUACUGAAAGAGGUCGAAAGGCUAGGCCUGAUCUUAAGAUUGGAAUAUGCGGUGAGCAUGGUGGAGAACCUUCCUCGGUUUCUUUUUUCGCAGAAGUUGGCCUUGACUACGUCUCAUGCUCGCCAUUCAGGGUGCCCAUAGCCAGGUUGGCAGCAGCUCAGGUGGCUGUUUCAAAGUAGAUGAACGACGACUGUACAGACAAGAAGCUCCAGCAUAUCUAUAAGGUGGUGUUCUGAAUAAGCUACCUAAUCCAUCAUAAAAUAUUCAUGUACAUUAUGUAUCAUUGGAAUGCCUUGGAAACAAUGGACUAUGAUGCUCUCUUGCUUUAAGAAAUAUCUGAAGUGCUAUGUUUGUAUGCAUUCUAGACUUGUGGGUCUCAUUGCAAUUAUUUGUAAUAUUGUUGUUGGAAAUCUAAUAUUUUUUAAAA